CCUCUGACUGCGCCGGCUGCGUUAGUGUGCAGUGUGCGCGAGGCUCAGAGCUCCAUGCGGAUGUGACAUUUCGGAGAGGAGCGCGGCCGCCAUUUUGAGUUUUCGCCUCGAACCGAUCAUCACAAACAGAGGGAGAGGGAGAGAGGCUCGGACUGGGACCGGGUUCACCACAAAUUAGACGGAGAAUAAGCCUUUUAAACGCGGAGCAAAUUGGCGUUUAGUUCUCUAAAUAUAGUCUGGGGAUUCGGAAGAGGAAACCGGGUAGAAAAAAAGUCAGAGAAAAACAGACGGGGGGUACCUUAGGCACUUGCAAUUUCGGAAUUAGUGCGAUUCCAAAUUAGAGCCGGUUUGAAUGGAGAGAUUUUUUCGUCGCUCUCCCCGAGACGAGGGACAAUCGGAGGAGCACAGAGGCUGGGAAUGCAGCGGGGCAGCCGGUCUUUAGGCUUCUGCUCAGUCUGCGUGUGAGCUUUAAAAAAAAUCAAGAGUAAACAAAAAAAAAAUUGAGUUCAGUUGCGCGCUAGGCUUCUUUUUGCAGGGUAGUUUUCUUGGGUUGCAGGUGGCGUGAGUGAUUUCUCUCACCUCAGAUCUUGCCCCAUUUUCUAGGGGGCAAAAGCCUGGUAAUUACUUUUUUUUCCUUUUAUUUGGGCUUCCUGACGUUGAAGCCCCUUUCAUCCCCUCCUCCUCCUCCUCCUCCUCCUCUCCCCAGCGACUUGUACCCCCUUCAAGGCGCCGAGAUUGGGCGAAUAGCGAGCAAAUACGUCCGCGUUUCUCUGCCUGCUCCCCCGCCGACCUCCCCUCCUCAACCCCCGGCGCAGACGACAGGAAAGGCCGAGGUCGUCGCGGAACAGGCCCAGCCGCCCAGGCUCGACCUGUCUUCCCCUCCUCCGCCUUCCCAGACACCCCAUCCUCAGACCCGGAUCGCUCCGGACUCGGCGUCGGGAAAGGCCGAGGGGAACGAAGACCACAGGCACCAUCACAGCGCCGCGGCCGCCGACAUGAACCACCACCACCCGCAGCAGCAGAAAGCCGGCGAGCAGCAGCUGAGCGAGCCCGAGGACAUGGAGAUGGAGGCGGGAGAUACAGAUGAUCCCCCAAGAAUCACUCCAAAUCCAGUCAUUAACGGCAAUGUAGCAAUGGCUGAUGGACACAACAACACAGAGGAAGACAUGGAAGAUGACACAAGCUGGAGAUCGGAGGCCACUUUUCGGUUUGUCGUGGAGCGCUUCAGCAGGCUGGGCGAGUCUGUGCUCAGUCCCCCGUGCUUCGUGCGGAACCUGCCUUGGAAGAUUAUGGUGAUGCCAAGGUUUUAUCCCGACAGGCCUCACCAGAAGAGUGUGGGGUUUUUCCUGCAGUGCAACGCUGAGUCUGACUCCACGUCGUGGUCUUGCCAUGCCCAGGCAAUGCUGAAAAUAAUAAAUUAUAAGGAUGAUGAAAAAUCCUUCAGUCGCAGGAUCAGUCAUCUUUUCUUUCACAAGGAAAAUGAUUGGGGUUUUUCCAACUUCAUGUCAUGGAGUGAUGUGACUGAUCCAGAAAAGGGGUUCAUUGAAGAUGACAAAGUAUCGUUUGAAGUUUACGUUCAGGCAGAUGCUCCCCACGGAGUGGCAUGGGAUUCGAAGAAGCACACGGGUUAUGUUGGGCUGAAGAACCAAGGAGCUACCUGUUACAUGAACAGUUUAUUACAGACACUAUUCUUUACGAAUCAGCUCCGACGGGCAGUUUAUAUGAUGCCAACAGAGGGUGAUGAUUCUUCCAAAAGUGUCCCUUUAGCAUUGCAAAGGGUGUUUUAUGAGCUCCAGCACAGUGACAAGCCAGUAGGGACAAAAAAGUUGACAAAAUCAUUUGGGUGGGAAACAUUAGACAGUUUCAUGCAGCAUGAUGUGCAGGAACUUUGUAGAGUGCUCCUUGACAAUGUUGAGAACAAAAUGAAAGGCACUUGUGUUGAAGGCACCAUUCCGAAACUCUUUAGGGGGAAGAUGGUGUCCUAUAUCCAGUGUAAACAUGUAGACUAUAGAUCUGAGAGAAUAGAAGAUUACUACGACAUCCAGCUCAGUAUAAAGGGAAAGAAAAACAUAUUUGAGUCCUUUAAAGAUUAUGUAGCAGUGGAGCAGCUGGACGGAGAUAAUAAAUACGAUGCUGGGGAGCAUGGCCUGCAGGAAGCCGAGAAAGGAGUGAAGUUCUUGACAUUUCCUCCUGUGCUGCACUUGCAGCUCAUGCGAUUCAUGUAUGAUCCCCAAACUGACCAAAACAUUAAGAUCAAUGACAGGUUUGAGUUUCCUGAACAGUUACCCUUGGAUGAGUUCUUGCAGAAGCCUGACGUUAAGGAUCCAGCUAAUUACAUCCUCCAUGCAGUGUUGGUCCACAGUGGGGAUAAUCAUGGUGGACACUACGUGGUGUAUCUCAAUCCUAAAGGAGAUGGCAAAUGGUGCAAGUUUGACGAUGACGUUGUAUCCAGAUGUACAAAAGAGGAAGCAAUUGAACACAAUUAUGGAGGACACGAUGAUGACCUGUCAGUUCGUCAUUGUACUAAUGCAUACAUGUUGGUGUACAUUAGAGAAUCCAAACUCAGUGAAGUAUUGCAACCGGUCACAGAUCUUGACAUCCCACAGCAACUUGUUGAACGGCUUCAGGAAGAAAAGAGGGUUGAGGCACAGAAAAGAAAAGAGAGACAGGAAGCCCACCUCUAUAUGCAAGUCCAGAUAGUAACAGAAGACCAGUUCUGUGGCCACCAGGGCAAUGACAUGUAUGAUGAGGAGAAGGUGAAAUACACUGUGUUCAAAGUUCUGAAGAGCUCAACCCUCGCCGAGUUUGUCCAGAAUCUCUCACAGACCAUGGGUUUCCCACAGGAUCAGAUCCGGUUGUGGCCGAUGCAGGCGAGGAGUAAUGGCACAAAGAGGCCGGCAAUGUUGGAUUAUGAAGCAGAUUGCAGCAAAUCUAUGAUUGACUUGAGUGACAAUGAAAACCCAUGGACCAUAUUUCUGGAAACAGUAGACCCAGAAAUGGCUGCCAGUGGAGCGACGUUACCCAAAUUUGACAAAGACCAUGAUGUCAUGUUGUUUUUGAAGAUGUAUGAUCCAAAAACUAGAAGCUUAAAUUAUUGUGGACAUAUCUACACACCUAUAUCCUGUAAAAUACGAGACUUGCUGCCAGUUAUGUGUGAAAGAGCAGGAUUUCCGCAAGGAACUAGCCUUAUCCUCUAUGAGGUGAGUGGCUUUUCUGGCCUCAAAAUAUGCUUUUGGCACUUUUUAAGCCUGUGGUUUUGUGUGAUUCUCUUGCUUUUCCAGUUGUCAGUUACAGAGGAAUGCAUCAACAGAAGUGUCGUCAGGGAAACUGUUUAUCCCUUAAAAGUAAGUUACUUUUUAAAGUCUUUAAAAAUCUUAUCUUUGCAGGAGAUAACACUAUACCCAGACAAGCAUGGCUGUGUCAGAGAUCUCCUGGAGGAAUGUAAAAAAGCUGUAGAACUUUCUGACAAGGGUUCAGAAAAGCUCAGGCUGCUAGAAAUUGUAAGCUACAAAAUAAUUGGAGUACACCAAGAAGAUGAACUGCUAGAGUGUUUAUCUCCUGCAGCAAGUCGCACCUUCAGAAUAGAGGAAAUCCCUCUGGACCAGGUAGACCUUGAUAAGGAAAAUGAGAUGCUGAUACCUGUUGCACAUUUCCACAAGGAAGUCUUUGGGACGUUUGGCAUCCCAUUUUUGCUGAAAAUUCGUCAGGGAGAGCCAUUUAGGGAGGUUAUGAAGAGGAUUCAGACCAUGCUUGACAUCCAAGAAAAGGAGUUUGAAAAGUUUAAGUUUGCAAUCGUGAUGAUGGGUCGGCAUCAGUACAUCAAUGAAGAUGAAUAUGAAGUAAAUCUGAAAGACUUUGAGCCUCAGCCUGGCAACAUGUCGCAUCCAAGGCCUUGGUUAGGGCUUGACCAUUUCAACAAGGCUCCAAAGAGAAGUCGCUAUACAUACCUGGAAAAAGCAAUCAAGAUUCACAACUGACAUCUUCACCCUAACUGACCAUACUAAAGACUUAACCAAACCUCUUGUGUGCGCCACUGUUAACAACCGCAAACCUUGGGUACACAUGCACCACAUAUGAAGUCUUCAGCAAAAAGGAUUUGCUGCUGAUGCUUUUAUUUUGUUGAGGCUGUUCAGUUUGGCUUCUCUGUAUCUGUUGACUGCCUAUUUUGUCUGGAAGAACCAAUUGGGUUUUAUCACAAUGAACGAUGUGGACCGAUAGGCAAUUUUUUAAAUAAGUUGUUACAGCGAUGAAAGCUGCUGCAUUGGGAGGGGACAGAAGAUAGGAGCGGAAAAGGUUGCCGUUUGGGGGGGAAAAAAAGGUUUCCAUCAUUUUUGAAAUUCGACAGGUGGCGUAAGAUUGCUAGUUGCCUAAUGUGGUUGUCCUGAUAUUAUACCCUGGUCCUUUAGUGCAACUAGUAAAUUUCAUGUUUACACAGUUCUGUUUCACUUAGUUUUGGUUGGAGGAAUUCAGUUUGUCUUUACCGCUGAUCUUGUACAAAACAAUCCACAGCAUCAGUAAUAAAAAUCUGUACUUCAUCUUGCACGUUGGCACUUAAUAUCAAAGAUUUUACAUUUAUCUGUGCCGUUAAAUGUAAUCUUUGGUUAUGGUUUUUUUUUAAGUUGGUUUUUUUUUCCUUCCGCUCUUCUGUCACUUUGCUGUGGGUUUAUUAAGCUGAUGCCAUUGGUCAUGUUUGAUGGCUUUAAUGGACGUUGACAAGUUUUACUGUACUGUGCUUUGGCAAAUGGCUAAGAACACAUAGUGUUGACUGGUUGAGGAUGUAGAGAAACCAGCAUUAAUAACCGAAAUACAGCCUUUUUAGCACAGAAGGCAUGCUCACUAGCGUUUAGUCAGCUGUUGACUUUGUAAAGAUAAAAUUCAAAUUGUAUAUUUAAAGAAUGAACAUGUAAAAUUUUAACACUCAAAAGGUAAUUGUUGGGUGCAAAUCAUUUCACUGAUGUUCAUAUUCAUUGUGUGUAGUUUUAUUUUGGUCCCUGACUCCAUAUUUUAUUCCUUUUUAAUUUUUUUUUAACUAAUGGCAACAGCGUGUCUAGUUUGAGUGCAGUACAAACAAAAUUGAAUUCUGCAGAUCACAUUUUCAGUUCUCCAGUCUUUUUAAUUUCCUCCUGUAGCAGCAGUGUACGACAACUAUUCCUGUAUAUUGCCUUUUUGCUGGAAAAUGUUGUAUGUUGAAUAAAAUUUUCUAUAAAAUC